AUGGGCAAGGAUACCGCUGUCAAUGCAUCCGAUGAUGCCAUGUCCUUUAUUCCUCCCAGCAUAGACACUGCCCGUCUACUCUCCGGAGACUCCUACGCAUACUACACGCCCUGCCCGGCCGGAAUUACACCUUACGACAAAUCCACUACAGUUCCACAGACGACAGAGCCUACGCCAUGUGUCCUUGGUGUUGACGAAGCUGGCCGUGGUCCAGUUCUGGGUCCAAUGGUCUACGGCGCGUUCUAUCUGCCUCUUGAGCUUCACCACUCCCUCCUAGCACAAGAGCACAGUUUCGACGACAGCAAGGUCCUCACGCCCGCCGUACGCGCCAAUUUGAUGCGUUUGAUCAAUACACCCGGCGAAAAUCUAUACGAGUCCUGCGGAUAUGCGAUCAAGGUUUUGUCUGCGCGUGAUAUCGGUUCCGGCAUGAUGAAGCCAGGCGCUGCAGUCUACAACCUCAAUGCGCAAGCCAUGGACGCGACAAUCGAGAUCAUUCGCGGAGUCCUGCAAGAUCAUGCUGUCAAUGUACAGGAGAUAUAUAUCGACACAAUUGGCAACCCCGCUACGUACCAAGCCAAACUCGAGCGCAUUUUCCCAUCCAUUAAAAUCACCGUGGCGAAGAAGGCAGAUUCGUUGUAUCCGUGUGUGAGUGCGGCUAGUGUGGCUGCUAAAGUGACGCGUGACGUCGCGUUGGAAGUCUUGUAUGAGUCUGUUCUCAAGGCGCAACAGCUCGAUGACAACUCCGCGGCCCCAGAGGGUUGGGGUAGUGGCUAUCCUUCGGAUUCCAAGUGUGUCGGCUGGCUCCGACGCAACAUGGAUCCUGUGUUUGGCUGGGGUAGUGAGUGUCGCUUCAGCUGGGGUACUGCGAAGGAGAUGCUCGAGCAAAAGGGCGGAGCACGAGUUGAUUGGCCUGCAGAUGACGACGAGGGGAAUGGCAUGCUGAGUGAUUUCCUCUUAGCGUCGGGGCCCGGGAAAGGCUCGAGCAAGGAUGGAUUACGGGAUUGGUUUGGACAACGACAAGCAGAGAUUAUAUGA